UUAGUUCUCUUUCGCGUGCGCCAAAACCAAGUAACCAAGUUAACAAGUUGCCGGGCCGAAAAAUAAAUUUCAGUUUCAGAUUCAGUUUGAGUUUCGAUUUCCGAUUUCUGAUUUUUAGCUAAAACGCAAUUUAGUUUCGGUUUCGAACUCGAUUGCUCUGCAUUGGAGUGCUAUAGAUCUGAUUUGAAGUGCUCGAUUGAUUGGCCGAUUGAUUAGCGGGCCACGUGAAACAUGCAUUUCGGGCGUAGCAGAAACUUAACGUCGACCCUCUUGAUUAGCGGCAUUCUUCUGAUGGCUCUGGUUUUGGUCCAAAGUAAGGAUCCGAGUUCCCAGGAUGCACCGCAUAUACGACACAAGCGCGGAAUCUUCUGGGACUUCUUCCAGAAGAUGGUCAUCACCAAGAAUCUCAUAGUGGAUCAAUAUACAGACACCCGCAAUACCCUGAAUGAUAUCUACAAUACUGUCAAUGAACAAUUCAGCGAUCCAGGUCCCGCAAAACCCACCAAUCGGCCCAGGGUGACAACAGAGAAAACUUCUAUUAGUGGAGAGGAAAGUGGUAGUAACAGCGAGGAGCCCACAACCACGGAGGCUUUCCAGAUCUCUCGCUAUGAACUGGGUCGCAUUCUGGGCAGGAACUUCCGGGGUCUUCAAAAGUUGGCCAUGAGUGAGUUCAGCACGGCCCUGAACGCCACCAAGUACAAUCUGGCUGAGUACAAAUCCGAGGCGGAUAAACAGUUUGCCAACAGUUUGGCCGUGGAGAAGAAAAACAAGCUGAAGAGUCUCAAGGGCUGAGCCACGCCACGCCCCCUUUUCCCAGUGCCUGAUGAUAGUUAUCUCUGUGAUAGGCUGAUGACUGCAUAUCCCCCGCAUUUCCUUUUUUUUUUUGCUUAUUUAUUUGUCGACAUCUCAGUAACUAUAUGGAAUAAAAGGCGGAUGUGGAUGCGGUUGGGGAAGUGUCCCCAAACGCAUACGGAUUCGUGUCUACGACUAUUGUGUGUCAAAUUAAAAAGUUUUCUGUCAUAAUUUUAUUGAUAAACUUUUAAGUUAAAAAAGAAGCAGCAGCACCGAAAAAAAGAGAAAAACAAACACUGAAUCGGAUGAGAGUAACAGAAAGGACAAGUAUGAAAAUGAAAACAUUGAAAGACGGAAAAGCUGCUGGGUAAAACUGUACACAAAUUGAAAGCCUGUUGUGUUCUCUUUUUAGUUUUUCUAUGGGUGUAUUUAUUAUUUUAUAUAUAUUGUAAAUAGAAUUCAAAAUAUACAAGUAAUGGAAAGCCGAAUUGAAAAUAAACUUAAGGACUUAUUUCAAACAAAUAUACGAUCUAGUUUAGUUAAUAAAAAAAAUUAUAUAAUGAAGUUUUUGUAAUACUGGC